UGGCGACAGUCAGCCUAGUUCCAUUUCUAAAUUCGACGAAAAAAAACGCGGACGGGAAAAAAACGCGGACGAGCGUAAAGCAAAAUUCGUCGGGCUCGCGAGAAAGAAAAAGACACAAAACACACGGAGAGCCUGUGUCUGCGUGUGCGUGAGUGAGAGAACGCGAAAAGAAAGAUAGGGAACCAUGGCGAGUGUUUUUUUAUAAUUAAAUAUCCACAACACUUUCCAAAUAAUUGUAAAUGAAGCAAAAAAUUCUCUUUUAAUUUGGCAUAAAUUGUAUUUGUCUUGAAAAAAUAUAUUGUUGUAAAUAUAUCUUCUUCGUAUAAAAUUUUAAUCUGAAAAAGUAUAUGAUAUUGAAAUUAAAAUAAAAUUUCAAAGGGCUCACUCGAAAUUCGCCAGUGAUUCGCCACGUUUUGUACAAACAUAGUUUGUAAGGACCCCGAAAAAGAGGAGAAAAGAACCCAAAUGCCAGCGAACUGAGUGCGAGGGAGACAGCCGACCACGCCAGAGCGGGAUAGCAUGCGCCAAUGAAAACGUCCCACCAUCCAAAAUCGUCCGAUUUCGUUGACUACGCCGUUGCCGGGGGCGGGGGAUCCGGAUUCUGUCCGGGAUUUGGAGCGGGAUUAUCAGCCAGGGCGACGUCCUUCUACGGCGAUCUGACGGUAACGGCAACUGCGGACGGGACGCGUCACCAGCAGCAGCAGCAACAGCAACAUCUGCAACCUGCAACAUCGAUUUCAUUGGCAGCAGCAACAUCAUCUUCAUCAUCUGCAGCGGCAACCAGCAAGCGAAAACGUCAGACAGAUUGUGAUUGCGGCUGCGUGGACUCAUACAACUCCAGCCACGGCCCGCCAGUGCAGCAGGACUCGUCAGCAGCAGCGGGAUCUGGAGGAUCGGGAGUGGGAGUGGGAACGGGAGCGGGAUCAGGAGCGGAAAGCGGGCACCUCAACAGCCUCAAGACGGCGCACACAAAGGUCGCGACCUCGGGGGGUCAUGCCAACACGCAGCCCCCCAGCAAAAGGUCGAGCAGUGGAGCGGAUGGCGACUACCAGCUGGUGCAGCACGAGGUGCUCUACUCCCUCUCGGCGGAGUAUGAGGUUUUGGAGUUCUUGGGACGCGGCACCUUCGGCCAGGUGGUCAAGUGCUGGAAGCGCGGCACCUCCGAGAUCGUGGCCAUCAAGAUCCUGAAGAACCACCCCUCGUACGCGCGGCAGGGCCAGAUCGAGGUCUCGAUCCUCUCGCGAUUGAGCCAGGAGAACGCCGACGAGUUCAACUUCGUGCGGGCCUUCGAGUGCUUCCAGCACAAGAACCACACCUGCCUGGUCUUCGAGAUGCUGGAGCAGAACCUCUACGACUUCCUCAAGCAGAACAAGUUCUCGCCGCUGCCGCUGAAGUACAUCAGGCCCAUCCUGGAGCAGGUGUUGACCGCUUUGUUGAAGCUGAAGCAACUGGGCCUGAUCCACGCCGACCUGAAGCCGGAGAACAUCAUGCUGGUGGACCCGGUGCGCCAGCCGUACCGCGUCAAGGUGAUCGACUUCGGGAGCGCCUCGCACGUGAGCAAGACGGUGUGCAACACGUACCUGCAGUCGCGCUACUACCGCGCACCAGAGAUCAUCCUCGGGCUGCCCUUCUGCGAGGCCAUCGACAUGUGGUCGCUGGGCUGCGUGGUGGCGGAGCUCUUCCUCGGGUGGCCGCUCUACCCGGGCAGCUCGGAGUUCGACCAGAUCCGGUACAUCUCGCAGACGCAGGGCCUGCCCACGGAGCACAUGCUGAACAGCGCCUCGAAGACCUCGAAGUUCUUCUACCGCGACGUCGACUCGACGUACCCCUUCUGGCGGCUCAAGACCACCGAGGAGCACGAGGCGGAGACGAACACGAAGAGCAAGGAGGCGCGCAAGUACAUCUUCAACUGCCUCGACGACAUCGGGCAGGUGAACGUGCCCACCGACCUCGAGGGCGGCCAGCUGCUCGCCGAGAAGACGGACCGGCGCGAGUUCAUCGACUUGUUGAAGCGCAUGCUGACCAUCGACCAGGAGCGCCGCCUCACGCCCGCCGAGGCGCUCAACCACUCGUUCACGCGGCUCACCCAUCUGGUGGACUACGUCUACUGCAACAACGUGAAGGCCUCCGUCCAGAUGAUGGAGGUCUGCCGCCGCGGCGAUUUCCACACAGUGCAACCUGCGUCGACGCUGGUGACCAACUUCGUGCCCUCGAGCACGGAGAACAUGACGUUCACGAUCAACAACCAGCUGACCAGCCAGGUGCAGCGACUGGUGCGCGACGGAAGACCAUUGGCCUAUGAGGGCCUCUACCAGAUCUACAACGGAAGGGGCGUGGCCAGGCAGUACCCGCCUGCGAGGACGGACAGCUUCCAGCACCAGCUGGUCUCGAACAUCCUGUGCCCGCCCUCAUACCAGGCGAUGCCCAGUCCCACCAAGCACGUGGUGGUGGGCAGUGCCACGAUGCAGCCGCCGCUGCAGGUGCCGCCGCAGCAGUACGUCAACGUGCCCGUUCCCGUGUCCAUGGUGGAGCCCUCCUCCGGGCAGCGCAUGCUGCUCACCAACCGCGUCCAGGCGAGCGGGGUGGCCUGGCCCCAGACCGGCAGGCAGAUGGCCCUGGUGCCCUCGUGGCCGCAGCAGGCGCCCGCCCACUCGCUCAUCGUCGACUCGACGCCGCUCUUCAACGUGGAGGAGAUCUACCCCAAGCACCACCUCAACUUGCCACGCAACGAUCUCAAGAAGGAGUCGCCGGCUCACCACAUAGCCAAGGGCAACUCUUACCGCGUGCCGCGCCACGAGAAGAAGGAGCACCAGCAGCUGUCGCCGGUUAAGAAGCGGGUGAAGGAGAGCUCGCCGCCGCACCAGCAGCGCUACCAGCGGACCGCCCACGUGUCGCCGCAGUACCACGCCCACCACAACUGCAACUACGGAGGCGGCGGAGGCGGAUACAGCGCCAGUGCGGGAUCGGUGGUGGCCUCCUCGGCCGCCUCUUCUAGCAACAUUGUGAACGGAAGCUCGUCGAGCUCGUCGCACCACCACCACGUGCCGGUGGCGCACGCCCAGCCGUACAGCUCCUCCGCGGGCCACCACGUCGUGGGCAACUGCAACGCCGGAGGCGGAGGCGCCGGAGGAGCGGUGGUCUACCAGCAGCCGCCGGCCCACGCCCACCAGCAGCAUCCGCACGCCCAGCAGCCGCACCAGCAGGGAGGAGUGGGUCACCCGCAGCACGUGAAGCAGCCGACGAUCACCAUCCACGACACGCCCUCGCCCACGGCGGUCAUCACGAUCUCCGACAGCGAGGACGAGGGCGGCGAGGGGGGCGGCUCCCAGGUGCCGGUGCUCAAGCAGCGGGCGCACGCCCAGUCGCAGACGAGCAGCAGCCUGCUGCAGCAUGCUCCGAGCUCCUCCUCCUGCAGCCGCAGCAGCGCCCACCAGCAGCAGCAUCAUCAGCAGCAGCAGCCACAACAGCAACAGCACACGCAGCAGCAGCAGCCGCAGCAGAUUUAUGGUAAUGCCCAGACUCAGAAUCCGAAUCAGAAUCCGAAUCAGAACCAACUGAGCAGCAGCAGCGGCAGCAGCGCUGGCAAGCACAGCAGUAGCCAUAGCAGUAGCCACAGUAGCCACCAAAGUAGCAGUAGUCACCACCACCACCACAACCACCACCAGAACCAGAACCACCAUCAGAAUCAGAAUCAGAACCACCCUCAUCAUCUAAAUCCGAAUCAUCAUCUCAACCCGCCUCAUCAGCCAGCGAGUGGAGGUGGAAUAGGAUCGGGAGCGGGAUCGGGAACGGGAUCGCAGCUUCAGCAUCAGCUUCAGAAUCAAUCAGCGACGCAUCCCCACUACCAAGCCUCGUCCACGUCCAAGUCCUCCUCCACGUCUGCUUCCAUCUCCAUCUCCAGUUCCACUUCCGCUUCCACCAGCAGCCACCAUCAGCAUCACUCCCUCCAUCACUCCUCCUCCUCAGUCUCCUCAGCCUCCACCUCCACCAUUGCCCCAUCCUCAUCCGCCGCUCAGUUUGGUGCCCCUGCUCCCAAUCCCCAAUCCCUGUCGCAUCUCAGUCGCCUCAGCCACAAGGCUCCGCACGUCCAGCUAGUAAUUCCAUGCGUAACCGUAGGUGACCACGAUCCGGAGGACGCCCGCCGUCGCCACCACGCCGCCGCCGCAGCCGCCGUGGGAAGUCCCAAGCACCAUCACCAGCAAUCCCAGCAGGUGGCUCCUCCUCCGCCGCAGCAGCAGCAGUCGCAGCAGUACCAGCCGCAGCAGCAGGCGCCGCCGCAGCAGGUGCUUCCCCAGCCCAGUCAGCAGACGAGCAUCAAGUACGAGCCGGGGCAGUCGCAGAAGAAGCGCAUCCUGGCGAUGGCCGCCCAGAGCGAGUGCGGCUACCAGCCACAAGUGGCCAGCCAGCCGCCGCCCCCUGCUGCCGCCAGCCUGCCGCACAUCCCCACCAAGCAGGAGCCGGCCGAGUUCUACCCGGAGUACGCCACCUCCCAGCAGCUGGACACGAAGCGCUCCUCCUGGGCGCCCACCUCCGCGGGCGGCGCGGUGCCGCUGGCCCAUCCGAAGCGGGAGGCGCCCUCGGUGGCGCCCAUCAGCUACGUGGCCCCCGCGGUGGCCCCGCCCCUCGCCCACUCGAAGAGCAGCUCGGCCUCCUCCUCCUCCUCGUCCUCGAUCAGCGCGGCGGCCGCAGCUGCGGCUGCUGCAGCGGCGGCGGCGGCGGCCAGCGUGGGUCCGCCCUCGUGGGGUCCGCCGCAGGUCUACCGCCAGCCGUCGCAGCCGCCGCCGGGCAGCGUGGGACUGCCGGGCGCCUCCCAGCCGCCGCCCUCGAGCGUGGCCCCCCAUCCGCACCACCACAGCCACGGCCACGGGCACGGGCACCACCACGGACACCACCAGGCCGGGACUCCGCUGGGCGGAUCGCCCUCCUCGACGGCGGCGGCCGCCCUCCUGCAGCCGGACAUCUAUGCGCAGGGCGACAUCUACAGGAGGCCCACGGUGUUCGUGUCGCAGGCGGCGCCCAGCUACGCGUACGCCAACCGGGCGGUGGUGGCCCCGCCUCCUGCGCACAACAGCUCCAGUCGCCAGGUGAUUCCUUCACACCCGCUGCCGGCCCACAUCCAGAUACCCACCCAGUACAGCCAGUUUGGACCGCUCAGUCCUGCCCAGGUAGCCGCCAGCAAACACGCGGCGCACUUCGCGCCCACCAACAUAUGGUAUGGGGCUGAGUAGGCCGACCAAGGGAGUUGGCGGGGAGAGGGGCGAUGAGGAGAGACAGAGACGAGGGAUGAGGGACGAGGAACCAAGAACCACCCAACCACACACCACACCACCACCACCACUGAAUGUGUUGUUAUGACCUUGAGCUAGAGCCCAAAUGAAUGAUUCAACGCUCGAAUCUUUCGUGGCCUCGGGCGAGGCAGUUGACGACCAUCCGGAGCAGAGCCAAGAGUUGCAACAGCAGCAGCAGCAGCAACUGCAGCUGACCCAGUGCUGGUGGUUCAUGCUGCUCAUGCAGCAGACUAUCAUCCACAACAACUCCAUGUUGCACACGAGCAGUGACGAUACACCAGCAACCACAGCAACAGCAGCUACAGUAGCAACAGCAACAGCAGCAACAUCAUCCUCAUCGAACACAGCAGCAACACGUAAAGUACGCCGGCAACAUUGAGCCGAGUCCAAGUCCCCGACCUGCAGUUCUCGUCGCCAGUUCUCAGUUAGUUUUUCGGGAUCCCGCUCAUCGGGACUCGGAAGUCAUCGCAUGGGUCAUUGAUUACAUUGAUUACCACUUCUGCUAGCAUUAGUUUUUAUUAUUUUUUUAAAUAGUACUGCAAUAAAUGUACAGCACUCCUACACGCAGCUGGGUGUACAGUGCUCAGGCUACCCUUUUGGCAAGUUGUGGCACAUCCACACCUUGCCACACCCACACCCACACUCACACACACACAAACACCACAGCUGUAGCUUCUAUACCCUCGAAAUAUGUGAAGUAGUAUAGCAGCAUAUCGAGUUGUUUUUCUUCGAACAAGAGCGUCGUUUCAUUAAUGUGUGUCGUGUGUUUUAUUGAUAACUUCCACAUAAUAUUCUCUAUAAUCGAUCCACUUAUAUAUUAUAUACAUGCAUAUGUAACACUAUUAUUAUGAAUACUAUAUAUCAACCAAACGCAAGAGCAAACGAAACGCAAACGCAGAAGAAACUAGAGUUAAUGAGAAAGCUUCGAGAUUCCCUAGCAAGUACCUCAGAAAACCCGAAAACGAAACUUAGCAGCAACAACAACACCAACCAGAGAUAAACAACAACAACAAAUAAACAACAUUGUUAUGCAAUUUGCCUUUUACACAAACAAGCAACAAACAAACGAAGCGAAGUGAGAUGAUAAAUUGAAAACUGAAUAAGGAGAUGCAAAUUAAAUAAGGAGAGGUUGAUGAGUAGAGAACCGCAACAAAUUGAAUACCGCAAAAACCUUACUAGCAAACAAAAAGCAAAUAAAUUAAAUAGAUAACCCCGGGCGAUAUCAACACGAGGGGAACUAACAAUUACAUAGCUCAUAGAUAUAGUAGAGGAUAGAUCGGUAGAAGGCGAACUUUUUUACACACUCGUAACUCACUCAUAGGAAUAGCCAGGAAAGCGAAAGAAUACCAGAUACAAGAUACAAGUAACGAUUCUAAAUUAUGUUUAACGACAAGCAACAACAAAUAACUAUAGGAACCAGUGUAAAUAUACGCGUAGAUAUAUCUAAAUAGAGCUAGCCGGAGCCCACGAAACCCGAUUUUAAACUGAUCAGCGCAAGUUAGUCUGCCGCACGUUUCACUUUAGACUCCACACCCCCUACUUUUAACCCAUGUGUGUCCCAAACGAGAUCUGCGUUUUAGUUAUUCUUUCGACUAGAGAAGCGCAUGAGAAAGUUUACUAAAGUACAAAACCCAACAACUAAAUAAGAAGCAAUCUAGCAGUUUAGGCUUUAGAGUUGCCCCUACUACAACCCUUGUUUUAGGCUUUUUCCCCAGAGAGAUCUGUGAAUCUGUAAAUAUAGAUGCAAGUUUGAUAUGUACAAACCUGGCUUACUUUAAACACGCCCACUUAUCCUAUACACAAAGUAUAAACUAAAUCUUGUUAAAUAGGUUUCCUAAAGUAUUUCGUAGUUAGAACUUAACUUAACUUGUCGCGUAUAAAAUAACCGAGCAACUAAUCUUCGUUCCCCUCGGGUCGAUUUCUGAGUAAACCCAACAAGGUAAUCAGAACUCGGUCUUGGGAGGACGCCAAUUCCUAUAUAAAGAAAUCCAUACUGACACAAAGCAGGAGUUUUUAACCGGCUAGUGACUGGUUUCCCGAACUCGAGUUAUUUUUUCGGAGGGUUAUAAGGGGAGCUAUUUCCCGAGUGCCGGUUAACAUUUUAUUAGAACUCUUGUUCUCCUUCAGAGAAAGAGAUAUGAAGGUACUUUGGUUUUCGAACAGAUAGUUACUCUUGAUCAGGCACUCAAGAAAUUUUUACGAGUCGAGAAAAGAAGAGGAUUAUCUGAUCCCUAACUUUUUAAAACUGAUAAUAAACUGAGUAACUGGCAAUCGUGAAAUCAGCACCAGCCCCAUUUUUUUUCUUUUGCCCCUUCCUAGUUCAGCUGUGUGUACAGUAGGCGAUUUCGGGAUCGGGAUUAACAAACUCCGACGGAAAGGAUAUAGCAUAUAAUUAUUGUGAUGUAGUUUUAACAGAAAGCAGAGAAAUGCGCGAACGUUUUUUGUCAGUCGUCGUCGGCGAAUAGAAAUUACCUAAAAUUAUAAAUAACCAAUGCGAUACGGAUACUGAAUAUGCAUCUAUGUGUUAACUAAUUAGUGUGCAGGAUUCAAUAGCGUUAGCACGACAACAAAUCGUUUUUUUAACCAAGUAAUUAACUUUUUAACAGCAGAGAAAUAAAAAUAACACUUUUUGUAGUAGAAAAAGAAGGAUGAAGCGUACGAUAUAGCAUAUAGCAUGCGUAGGAGUAAUUAAGAAACGUUAGUGUUGUGAAUAUAUACGAGUAAAUGCAAACAAAUAUAUAUAGAACUAGACUUAGACGUGGUUCGAGUACAUUUAUAUUAUGGAUAUAUUUUGUGUAUAAACAAUAACGGCAACCAGCAGCUAACAAUUGUAAUAAACAAUAACGAAAAGCCCAACUCGGCGGAUUAAGAUUCUGUUUAAAGUCGAGAGAACCUUAUCUAGAUAAUAGACCUAGAUGUAUUUAACGAGUUCUUUUUUUAUAGAAAUUUUAUGGACCAUUCAACUAGAAUACAUACAUAGUUAAAUAAGCAUGGAUAUUGAAUAAACAAAACAAAAAAGCUGUGUGACCGACCGAUUAGUAUGUCAGCGGAAAAGUGGCGAUCUGUGUUUCCGAUUUGUGUUUCUUGUCCUGCACCGCUCAGUGUGCGAAAUUUAUUGUAAAAUUGUAACGAAUAUGCUAACCUUCUGCGAGGGCAGAGGAACUUUUCUUCACUUUCUACUCAAUGUUAGGAGCAUCAAAAGAAAGCAAAACCGAAAAACAAAAUCGUAAAACAAAAUCGUAAAACAAAAUCGUAAAACAAAAACAAGAAAACAAAUCAAGAACGCUUUAAAUGUAACAAAAACGAAACGUUAAUAGACUUAUGAAAACAACAAACAAAUUAAAUUUAUAUUAAACGACAAAUUAAAUUUAUAUUAACAAACAACAAAUUACAUUUAUAUUUAAAGAAUACAACAAACAAAUUAAACUUAUAUUAAACAAACUCACACUCAAUAAGCGGCAGUGGGCUCCGUCGUUCGCAGACUUUUGUGGCCCACUGUCCGAGAAUUUGUAUUUAAGAGGGAUUUAGAGGUGGCGAUCUGAGAGAUCCACACAAACACUCUAAUAUAUACGUAUAUAUUUAAACGAGAAAUGUUUUAACUGUGUAGCCUUAAUAUUUGUACUCGUCGUCCUCUCGAUUUCCAACAAAAAAGAUGAUAUACGAUACUAUAAAGCGAUAAAUAGCGAUAAAUGCUAAUCGGUGUUUACUACAAUAUUUCAUAUGUACUUGUUUAAUCAAACCGAGGUCGAGUUGCCUUUACUUUACUAUUUUAAUCUUUUAAAUUACACACUUAUUAUUUACCUUGUUUCUUUGCUUAACUUUGUUUAAUAUGCGCCUUUAAAUGUAUAAUGGAACAUAGCCACAACAUAAAUCAUAUAUAUUGCUUACUAUUACCAUAUUUACAUAUGCUUAUAUUUACUUAUGUCCUACAAAAUACAGAAAUCGUAAAUAUAUACAUAUAAACAGAUAA